CUCUGUGGCACCGAUUCCUUGUGCCUUGUGUCGCUGUGGAGCAUUCAGCCUAUAAAACUGUGAGCACGGUAACUGAAAGUUCAGAUGCACCGAGCACCACCCUGAUAAAAUGGAGACCCUCAAUAAAACCGCGUCCGUGGCGUCCGAGUUCGUCAUCGUCGGACUGGACGACGUGCCGCACCAGAAGCUGGUGGGAGCGGCCAUACUCAUCACCCUGUCUCUCAUUCUGCUGGGCAGCUUCGCCAACAUCGGCGUCAUAACCCUCAGCAGGCCGCUGCACACCCCCAUGUACUUUUUCAUCUGCACGCUGGCGCUGGUGGACAUCCUCUACACUAGCAGCGUUAGCGUGACCAUGCUUAAUGUGCUACUGGGCGAGGACAGGACGGUGCCGUUCGGGCUGUGCAUUUUACAGCACUUCCUGUUCCACCUGGGAACCACCAUGGAGCCGUUCACCAUUGCCCUGAUGGCGUACGAUCGCCUGGUCGCAAUUUCCAACCCCCUCAGGUACCAGAGCAUCCUCACGAACGCUCGUGUGUUUUCGCUCAUCGCUUUCACCUGGGCAAUCGGCUGUGCCGUCUCUGGGACGUUCACGGGAUUCGUGGGCUACCUGCCCUUCUGCCGGACGAACGUGCUCCAGUAUUGCUUUUGUGAAUACGCGAGCCUGGUCAGGGCAGCCUGCGUGGAUCCAGCUUACUACUUCAACACGGCGUCCGUCGUGUUCACCGUCGUGCUCGUCGGCAACUUUUUUCUGAUCGUCUUCUCCUACGUGAAGAUCGUGUACGAAGUGGUGAAGCUGUCCUCCGCCAAAGACCAGAGGAAAGUGUUCAACACUUGCUCCAGUCACCUGAUAGUGGUGGUUUGCUUCUUCGUUCCCAAGUUCCUGCUGAUCGUCGUCACCCGCGUCGGUCUCGUUCUCACCAUCUCGACUCGGAACGGGCUCAUCAUCUGCUCCACGCUCGGCCCCUCGCUGGUCAACCCGUACAUCUACUGCCUGAAAAACAAGGACAUUCGGGGUCGCCUGCAGAGCGUGUUUAAGGGCUCUGUCAUCUCACCCAAGUCUUAACAGGACACGUCCCCCAAGACCCCGUUUUUGUUUUUAAAUGAUCACCAGCAAAUUUGCUUUAUAAUAACAGUGACAAUUUUACCAUUCGUCUCUCUCACUCAGGCGCCCAUAUACAUGCACACACACACACACACACACAGACCUGUGAGUCCCAGAGCUAGCUGGUAAGGUGCUCUGCUUGGUCAAAGAAAGUGAGGAAAAAUAUUUGAGCUGAAACUUUUCACAUACGCAAUUUAACACUAAAAUGUGGUUAUGCAUCAUAUUCAUUAUAUUUUUAUAUGUAAGUUUCACCAUGCUGAAAAUUGUUCAUAAUAUUAUUAAAGUAUAUAACAGAUUAUUAUAAACAUUUUAUCCAACAGAUUAUUUGCUAAAUGUGAUU